GAUUCGUAUGAGAGGUUGUCAACGUGGGGGAGCAGGAUGGAGAUGAUCAUGCAGUGGGCUGGGCUGGGCUGCUAUUCUUGUCGUCGACAGGUACCAUCUCAAUUAAGUUAUCGAUAAUCGAUUACCGCUAUCUUAUCACACCACACCACCACCACCACCACCACCACAAACACCAUGCAGCUCCAGAGCCUCCUCCUGACCACCCUCCUGUCCACCGCCGCCCUGGCCUCCCCUCAGGGCGGCGUCGUCUCGGACGUCGUCUCGGGCGCCGAGUCGGCCGCCACUGACGCCGUCGGCGGCGCCACCUCGCUCGCUAGCGCCGCGUCGACCGCGGGAGCCGCCGGGGCCUCGGACGUGACCUCGCUUGCCUCGUCGGUCGCCUCGGAGGCCACCAGCGCGGCCAGCGACGCCCGCUCGGCCGCCUCCAGCGCCGUCUCCAGCGCGCUCUCCGGCUCCUCCUCCGUGUGGCCCGCGUCGACCACCACCCUGACCGGCACCAACGGCUCCGCGACCGCCACCUCCACCAUCUCCGACAGCCUGACCCUGGCCAAGUCCACCUUCACCACCACCCACGACGGCACCACCUCCACCGGCACCACCACCUCCACCGGCACCGUCACCAACAUCGCCUCCGCCUCCUCUGCCUCCGCCUCUGCCUCCUCUUCCACCGGUGCCGCCGGCGCCCAGGCCACCCCCGCCGGCGUCCUGGGCUUCGGUGUCGCCGGUGUCGCCGGUGUCCUCGGUGUGAUGGCCGCCUUGUAAGAUACGUCCUUACGGAUAAGGGGAUCGCGGUGUGGAGAUGUGAGAUGCUCACUGAGAUGUGAGAGGAUUUGUCGGGCUGUGGAUAGGUUGCGUGGGAUUUGAUACCAUCC